CACUGUAAAAUUAUCGUCUGCACGUUUUGCUGUUUACGCCUUGCAAGCUGUGAACGUGAUGUUUUCGUCCAGACUAAUGGCCUGGCUUAUACCUUCGCUAAAGCUGAUGAGGUCGCAUGCGACGAAGAAUGCCAGACCGCCUGACAGAAUAAUGCCCGCAUGGUGCACUGGCAACAAUCCUCUUUUGGAGUCAGUCGUAUUUCGCCAUGUGCGCGUUUGUUCAACCCAAACAGCCGCUCCCGAAAAGAAGAAAAUUGAGUUCGUUUUGUUGAUUGACCCAAACGGAAAAGUGCUUGGGACACGAACCAAGGAGGAAGCAGUCCUCUUCGCGAAGAAACACAACUACCAACUCGUAAAGGUGGAUGAGCACGCUGAAGCCAAGAAGAGGAAGAUAUACAAGCUGGUGACAACGAGGGACAUGCUGCUCGACAGCAACGGCGACAAAGGCAAGCCCCAGAAAGGGGCCGUCAAGAGUCUGCUGGCCAGCAGCAAGAUCACGGACAGUGACCUUGACCACAAGCUGAAGAGCAUCAAGAAGUGGCUGGAAAAGAACAGCGAGAUUCGCGUGGCCAUAUCCGGGACGCCGGAGGGCAGCAGACAGCUGGAACACAUCUUUGAAAAAUUCCAAGCUUCUCUGGGAACAGAGGCCAGGUUCCUCCAGAAGAGGAUAAAGGAUGGGAUGCUCAAGUUUGUCAUCACCCCUCCUUCGGAAAAAAAGACUCAGUCCCAGAAGAAGGAUGAGGAGUGACCGCACACCAGCGGCCACCAUUUCUUUGAUAUUUCCAGAGCCCUCUUCUAUGGGAGACAUGGAGGCUAUGCAUCAUUGACAGGAUUAGAAUGGCAUCCUGCCAAAGAGUCCUGCUGUUCUCAAUCUAUCAAUAACCAUCAGUUUUAGUUGGCUCACUCAACAGGUAUGAAAUGACUUUACCGUCUCACCUGUUGCGUCUACUUUCUUGCAGUGUACACAUACAGCUCGUUCUGCAUCAGAAACGCAGCCAAGAACCAGGUCAAGAACACGAUUUUCUGUAAAAAUGCUAUGUGAGCAGAUAGCAAUUUGCUCUGCGGGAAAACAGACGCACAGGCCUUGUUGACUCGAGCAAAUACGGCAGUAGCCCCUUGGUUUGAGCACACCUUCCAGGGCAAACAGCUGGCAUGCUUCCCAAACCCAAUCGGCCCCCCAAUGAACAUUGUUGCUCGCUGUCUGCAGUGCGAGCUGACAACACCCAUUUAUCUUCCACCAAGAACAUGCUCUGAGCAUCUGCUGCCAACCAUGAUGUAAAGUCUCAUUAGAGUAUUGUCUAAAUAAAUGGGUCAAAUAUGAAACCA